GCUAUAGGAACCGCUACGGCGUUUGAAAGUGCCCGGGUUGCUUAGGAUCCCUACAGGUAGCGCCUCUGGAUACAUGCGUGGUCUGCUGACCCAGAGAGAAACGAAAGAACUCUUUGGCGGGAGAUCAUGUCAGCCGUGGUAGCUCAGACGCUGCAUGUUUUUGGUCUUCGAUCCCACGUGGCCAACAAUAUCUUCUACUUCGAUGAACAGAUCAUUAUAUUUCCUUCAGGAAAUCACUGUGUGAAGUACAAUGUGGAUCAGAAAUGGCAAAAAUUCAUUCCAGGCUCAGAGAAGAGUCAGGGCAUGUUGGCCUUGUCCAUCAGUCCCAAUCGGCGGUACCUCGCUAUCUCUGAGACUGUGCAAGAAAAACCUGCCAUCACCAUUUAUGAAUUGUCAUCCAUCCCUUGCCGGAAGCGCAAAGUUCUUAAUAAUUUUGACUUCCAAGUUCAGAAAUUUAUUAGCAUGGCUUUUUCUCCAGACUCCAAAUACCUAUUGGCUCAGACGUCACCUCCAGAGUCAAAUCUUGUCUACUGGCUGUGGGAAAAACAGAAAGUAAUGGCCAUUGUUAGAAUCGACACUCAGAACAACCCUGUCUACCAGGUGAGCUUCAGUCCACAGGAUAACACUCAGGUGUGUGUCACUGGAAAUGGGAUGUUUAAGCUUCUCCGUUUUGCUGAGGGAACCCUGAAGCAAACCAACUUUCAGAGGGGAGAACCCCAAAACUAUCUAGCCCACACCUGGGUGGCUGAUGACAAGAUUGUCGUUGGCACUGACACAGGCAAACUCUUCCUCUUUGAAUCUGGAGAUCAGCGUUGGGAGACCAGCAUAAUGGUCAAGGAACCUACCGAUGGCUCAAAGAGCCUGGAUGUCAUUCAGGAAUCAGAGAGCCUGAUUGAAUUUCCACCAGUCAGUUCUCCACUCCCUUCCUAUGAACAGAUGGUGGCGGCCAGUAGCCACAGCCAGAUGUCCAUGCCCCAGGUGUUUGCCAUUGCAGCCUAUUCAAAGGGAUUUGCCUGUUCUGCUGGGCCAGGGAGAGUUCUGCUGUUUGAGAAGAUGGAAGAAAAGGAUUUUUACCGUGAGAGCAGAGAAAUCAGGAUUCCUGUGGACCCGCAGAGCAAUGAUCCAAGUCAGUCUGACAAACAGGACGUUCUCUGCCUGUGCUUCAGCCCCUCAGAGGAAACUCUGGUUGCCAGCACCAGUAAGAACCAACUCUACAGCAUCACCAUGUCCCUGACAGAGAUCAGCAAGGGGGAGCCUGCUCACUUUGAGUAUUUGAUGUAUCCAUUGCACUCAGCACCCAUCACCGGUCUAGCUACCUGCAUCCGCAAACCCUUUAUAGCCACCUGUUCUCUGGAUCGAUCCAUCCGCCUUUGGAAUUAUGAAACAAACACCCUGGAACUAUUUAAGGAAUACCAAGAAGAGGCAUAUUCCAUCAGCCUUCAUCCAUCUGGACACUUCAUUGUAGUAGGGUUUGCUGACAAACUACGACUCAUGAAUCUACUCAUUGAUGAUAUACGUUCUUUCAAAGAAUACUCUGUUAGAGGAUGCGGAGAGUGUUCCUUUAGCAAUGGAGGUCACCUGUUUGCUGCAGUCAAUGGAAAUGUGAUUCACGUUUACACCACCACGAGCCUAGAGAACAUCUCAAGCCUGAAAGGACACACAGGGAAGAUUCGCUCAAUUGUGUGGAAUGCAGAUGAUAGCAAACUGAUUUCUGGUGGCACAGAUGGUGCUGUGUAUGAAUGGAAUCUGUCCACAGGAAAGAGAGAGACAGAAUGUGUGCUCAAGUCUUGCAGCUACAACUGUGUUACUGUCUCCCCCGAUGCCAAAAUUAUCUUUGCUGUUGGAUCAGACCACACCCUCAAGGAGAUUGCAGAUUCCUUGAUCCUUCGAGAGAUAUCGGCGUUUGAUGUCACCUACACCGCCAUUGUCAUCUCGCAUUCUGGACGCAUGAUGUUUGUGGGCACCUCGGUGGGAACCAUUCGUGCCAUGAAGUACCCUCUGCCUCUGCAGAAGGAAUUCAAUGAGUACCAGGCCCAUGCCGGUCCUAUCACCAAGAUGUUGCUUACCUUUGAUGAUCAGUUCCUGCUGACUGCUGCUGAGGAUGGCUGCCUGUUCACCUGGAAGGUCUUUGAUAAGGAUGGCCGGGGAAUCAAGCGAGAGAGGGAGGUGGGCUUUGCCGAAGAGGUGCUUGUGACUAAAACAGACAUGGAAGAAAAGGCUCAGGUUAUGUUGGAGCUAAAGACUCGUGUGGAGGAAUUAAAAAUGGAGAAUGAGUAUCAACUCCGACUAAAGGACAUGAACUAUUCUGAGAAGAUUAAGGAGCUAACAGACAAGUUCAUCCAGGAAAUGGAGUCCUUGAAAACAAAAAACCAGGUCUUAAGAACAGAAAAAGAGAAGCAGGAUGUUUAUCACCAUGAGCACAUAGAAGACCUCCUAGACAAACAAAGCCGGGAACUGCAAGAGAUGGAAUGUUGCAACAACCAAAAGUUGCUUCUAGAAUAUGAGAAGUACCAGGAGCUGCAGCUCAAGUCCCAGAGGAUGCAGGAAGAGUAUGAAAAACAGCUCCGGGAUAACGAUGAGACCAAGAGCCAGGCCCUGGAGGAGCUGACUGAGUUUUACGAGGCAAAACUGCAGGAGAAAACCACCCUUCUGGAAGAGGCACAGGAAGACGUCAGGCAGCAGCUGCGGGAGUUUGAAGAGACCAAGAAGCAGAUUGAGGAAGAUGAAGACCGAGAAAUCCAAGAUAUCAAAACCAAGUAUGAGAAAAAGCUUCGGGAUGAAAAGGAAUCAAACCUGCGGCUCAAGGGAGAAACAGGCAUCAUGAGGAAGAAGUUCAGCAGCCUACAGAAGGAGAUUGAAGAACGAACCAAUGACAUCGAGACCCUAAAAGGAGAGCAGAUGAAGCUGCAAGGAGUCAUUAAGUCUCUGGAGAAGGACAUCCAAGGCCUCAAGCGAGAGAUCCAGGAAAGAGACGAGACUAUUCAAGACAAGGAGAAGCGAAUUUAUGAUCUGAAAAAGAAAAAUCAAGAACUAGGGAAAUUCAAGUUUGUGCUUGACUACAAAAUAAAGGAGCUGAAGAAGCAAAUAGAACCUCGAGAGAAUGAGAUCAGGGUGAUGAAGGAACAGAUUCAGGAGAUGGAAGCUGAACUGGAGAAUUUCCAUAAGCAGAACACUCAACUGGAGCUGAACAUCACAGAAUUGUGGCAGAAACUGAGAGCCACCGAUCAGGAGAUGCGCAGAGAGAGACAGAAGGAGCGAGACUUGGAAGCGCUGGUCAAAAGGUUUAAAACAGACCUCCACAACUGCGUAGCCUAUAUUCAGGAACCGCGGCUGCUGAAGGAGAAGGUUCGAGGUCUCUUUGAGAAGUACGUGCAGCGAGCAGACAUGGUGGAGAUCGCAGGGCUGAACACAGACCUGCAGCAGGAGUACGCCCGGCAGCGGGAGCACCUGGAGAGGAACCUGGCCACUCUCAAGAAGAAGGUGGUCAAGGAGGGCGAGCUGCACCGCACAGACUACGUCCGCAUCAUGCAGGCUGUUCAGAGAGCCUGACCCCAUUACUGCCGCCUCCACACAGGCACGUUAUCAGGACUGCCAGUCGGGAUUCUUCUGCCAGAUUUCUGUUUGGGUAUCAGUAUCGUCUGAGGCAAUUAAUGUGAAUUAGUAUCAAAAGGGAACAUCAGAAUCACAUUUAUAAAGCACGUACCUUUUUAUGUUCACAUUUCUUUAAUGCCAUAAUUAAAAUACUGGAAUGAGAACAGGUUGCAGUUAGAUUGAAACAAACCAGUUCCCAGCUUGGCCAGUUCAUACACAGCUGGGCAGAGCGCAUUGUGAUUCAGGCCAGACCCAGGCAGGGCUGGUCUCAUGUCAUCUUACGACCAGUCCCUGCUGAAAAGCAGCCCAGUCCAUCUACCCUUUGCCCUACUCCUUGGCCAUGAAAGCCAUCGGAGGCCCAGAGAUAGAAGUGCUUCCAGCUGGUGGAGCCCUGAGACACCAGCAGCCGCACACUGAGCCACUGCUUAGGGCCUGGAGUGCCUAGAGCAUGGAGAGCCCCCUGGGGCUCUGGAGUGCAGUGAGCAGGGAAGGGAAACCAGGAUGACAGCAGGAGCAGUUGUCAGCUGCUGACAUCACCGAGCACCCUCUGUGCCCUGUCACCAGAGUACAGGCCUGAGGAACUGGGUCCCUCUCUCCAUGCCAAGCAGCCAAAGCAAACAUCGAUGUAGGAGGAGGAAGAUCACAGGCUAGCCAGAGGGUGUGAGCGUCAGCAUGAGGCUGCUGGGGCGGGCAUCCUGUCCUCUUCUGCUUCCCCAUGCCCCGGAGGGUGCUGGGCCAGGGUGGGGUAGAAAGCAGAGGAGACCCAAGCGGGCCUCCUGCCCAGCCCUGCCACUCCCUGAUGGCUGGCAGAGGGAGCCAUCAACAAAUGAAGUCCCGGGAAGAACAUUUUCUCCAGCAGCAUUGUAACCUAUGUGCUAGGGAGUCCUGUGGAUCCAAAUAAGUAACUCCAGCAACUGCAGGGAGUAAGAAGGGGCCCAGGGUGGGGGGUGUGUGGCAGGGGGUGCGGGUCUCCGGGUCCCUACCCCUUCAACCAGAAAGAGACUGCUUGCUGCUAACAGUGGAGCUCUUUUUGUUGGAAAAAAGUCUGGAAGAUUUUUAAAAAAGAAAAGUUUUCAAAACCACUGUGCCGACCCUGGUUUACCCUGCUCCACCACUCCUCUGCCAGGAGACCUUGGGUAAAUUCCUUAACUCAAGGAGCCACCUUGCCUAUUUGUAAAACAGGGAAGAAAACACCAACCUGAGAGUGGGGGGUUCCUGCAAGAUUGAAUGGGACAACCAUAUAAGGCACUAGGCACUGGCCUGGUACAGAAUA